AUAUAUAGUUUGCGUUGACUAAUAUUGAGGUAGUAGGUAGCAUCUAUCUCUUUUAGGGUUCCAUCGCUCACACACACUCUCUUCACUCUCCGGUAGAUCUCCAAAUUCUCCGACGAAAAAGUUUAUUCAUUUGGAUGCUUGAAGUUGGAAUUCGGGUGCCCUGAUGCAAAUGAUUCGUGUGCGUACCAGAAUGGCUCUUUCUGCUUGUGCGAUGUUAUAUCGUUCCUCAAUUUCAGGUCCUGUGCGACUGAUGACGACAGACACACAAAGUGUUGCUGCUAAGCUGAGCAGCUCUGGAUUGUUGCGGAGUCAGGCUCUUAUUGGAGGGAAAUGGGUUGAUGCAUACGAUGGGAAGACUAUAAAGGUCCACAAUCCUGCAACAGGGGAGGUAAUAACAGAUGUGCCAUGCAUGGGAGGGAGGGAGACGAAUGAUGCAAUUUCUUCUGCCUAUGAUGCAUUUAGUUCAUGGAGCAAACUUACUGCCGCUGAAAGGAGCAAAUAUUUAAGGAAGUGGUAUGAUUUGAUAAUGGCCCAUAAAGAAGAACUUGGACAGCUUAUGACACUAGAGCAAGGGAAACCUCUGAAAGAGGCCAUUGGUGAAGUUAGUUAUGGGGCUGGUUUUAUUGAGUUCUCCGCUGAAGAGGGUAAGCGUAUAUAUGGUGACAUCAUUCCAUCACCAUUAGCAGAUAGGCGGUUAUUUGUUUUAAAGCAACCAGUUGGUGUUGUUGGUGCAAUUACUCCGUGGAAUUUUCCCCUGGCUAUGAUUACCCGAAAAGUUGGCCCUGCUCUUGCUUGUGGUUGUACAGUGGUGAUAAAACCAUCUGAACUCACACCCUUGACUGCUUUAGCAGCAGCUGAACUCUCCAUUCAAGCUGGAAUACCACCGGGCGUAGUGAAUGUUGUUAUGGGAAAUGCACCUGCUAUUGGAGACGCACUGCUUGCAAGCCCACAGGUAAGAAAAAUUACAUUCACAGGUUCAACCAAGGUUGGGAAAAAAUUGAUGGAAGGUGCUGCUGCCACCGUUAAAAAGGUGUCUCUUGAGCUAGGCGGUAAUGCACCUUGCAUCAUCUUUGAUGACGCAGAUCUUGAAGUAGCUUUAAAAGGAGCUCUGGCAACAAAGUUCCGUAACACCGGACAAACAUGUGUAUGCGCGAACAGAAUACUUGUGCAAGAAGGGAUAUAUGAUAAAUUCGCAAAUGCUUUUGCAAAAGCUGCCCAAAACAUGAAAGUUGGAGAUGGUUUCACUGAAGGUGUGGAACAAGGCCCUCUAAUCAAUGAAGCAGCAGUACAGAAGGUUGAAUCUUUUGUAGAAGAAGCUACUUCGAAGGGAGCCAAAGUCCUCGUUGGUGGGAAGAGACACAGCCUAGGCAUGACUUUCUACGAGCCUACAGUCGUAACUGGAGUUAACAGUGAGAUGCUCUUGGCGAAAGAGGAAGUAUUUGGGCCAGUCGCCCCUCUUCUGAAGUUCAAAACAGACGAAGAAGCAAUCCAAAUGGCUAACGACACCAAUGCUGGUUUAGCUGCUUAUAUAUUCUCAACAAACAUCAAAAGAGCUUGGCGUGUUACUGAAGCUCUCGAAUAUGGAAUUGUCGGAGUUAAUGAAGGACUAGUUUCAACCGAGGUAGCUCCAUUCGGAGGCGUGAAACAAUCAGGUCUUGGCCGCGAAGGUUCUAAAUACGGGAUGGAUGAAUAUUUAGAGAUGAAAUAUGUGUGCUUGGGAAGUAUGAGCUAAAUCACCUAUGUAAUUUUUUUUUCUCACUAAUAAGAGACACAAUGGUGCCAGUCUCAUUUUGGGUUUAAUGCAGUUUUCACGUCUUUAUGAAUGAACACAUUUUUAGUGUCUUUA